AUGUGCCGUCGCCAGAGGUCGGAGUCCGCCGUAGCCCGGCAACACCGCGGGCCCGACUUUGUUCUUGUUGGCGUGCCCAUGCUGCAGUCGCCGGAGGGCUCCUCCAGCGACGACGACGACGACGACAACGACGACGCCCGUCGCCCCGAAAAUGUGCCUGCGGCGGCCGUACAGCGCCAGCCGCACCCGCCGAACCGGCCGCAGCGGAUGCAGCACAAGCGGGCGCAGCCGCCACAGGACGGAGUUCCCUGCGGUAGACACACUGAGGCUGUGAAGGUGCGAGAAGCUGCGGUCACGCCUCUCGGUCAUCGCAACUACGCCCAGGACGAGCGUGAGACGGCUGACUCGAGCGUGGGUGCCAGCAGCCUCUACCGAGCCGAGAGCAGCGUUGAACUGGCUACCAAGCCCUCCCUCUUCGCGACUUCUGUGGGGCGUUCUACCUUCACCUCUGCUCGCAGCGAAGGCAGAGGGAUGCCGAGUGCAUGGCUGCGUCCAGCCCCCAUGGCCCCCGAGGAGCACGACAGCGAAGGGGAUACCGUCGACGUUUCCACGGGUCCGGAUGAAGCGGAGCAAUCGCUGCAGAACCGCUUUUUGAACUAUCUGAGGGGUCGCUCGCAUUUGCUCGCCCCAAAGAGUGUGGUUGACCUCGGAAGUUUCUGUACGCAUGCGGGCUCGGCGCCUGGGGGCGGAAACCCCCUACAGUAUCCCGCGGACCAGCUGAACAAUGGCGGAAGCCUCUUCCUCUACUCAACCGGCACGGAGAGGCACAAGAGCCUGGCGUCCGCCGUGCCCCGCGCCGACAUUUUACUGGGCUCUUUCCUACAAACGAGUGGGUUUUAUGGGCUUGCGCGGCGGGCGAUGGAGUCGCCAGGGACGCGGCCGAACGGACCUGUUGGCGUCCUCAGCGACCAGUGGGGGAUCGACAGCUACACCGUACUGCCGCAGGUCGGCAGCCCAAAGGUGCUCGGCGAGUGGGUGCCCGCGCGCGUCCCCGAAGUCAAGUACGGGCGGCGGAACGGACGCCUUCCGGAGGUCGCCCCGGCAAGCAGGACAGUCGCCGUGGCGCAGCCAGCGAAGCGCUGGCGGAGAGUGCCGCAGCGGCCGGAGCGUAGGGUCUCCCCCGCGUAUGCGUGGGGGGACGGCUUUGCGGAGGAUGGGCCCUUCCCGCUGAACAUUUCCAGUCCGCUGGGCGAGGCCCGCUGCUCCCCGGAGCUUUUCUCGCUCCGGGAGCCGGUGGUGGCGACCCCCUUCGUCUGCGCCUGUGAGGCGGAGUACCCCAUGUAUAGGACGGAGGCGACGUCGCCGCGCGGCGUCCCGUGUCGGAGACGCCUUCUCGCCCCAUGA